AUGCUUGGCAACUCUGAGCCCACAUUGUGUUUGGCUAGAGCCAGCAAUGCAAUUCAGGCCACCAUCCUCGCCGAUAGCAAUCGUGAUGGUAAAAUAGAUUCGACAGACCAGACUGAGGCCGACAAAACUUUAUGGACCGAAGAAUAUGGCGCUCUGUUUCUGGCCAACAUUGGAGACACAGAUGGCCGAUGCUCGUCCCAGGUCACGUCUCAAACGCUCGAUGGAGAAUUGUCGAUGUGUAACGACGCUUCUGACAAUAUUCUCCGCAAUUCCAAGUACAUUGCGCCGCUGGUCACGUUACCAAUCCAGAAUCUCAGUGAUGAUGCUGUCGGCAGCAUUGGCAUCUCGGGAGACAAUGCAGCCGACAAUGUGCGCAUCUUCUACAAGGUAGACAAGGAUUGGGUGUAUGUGAUGGGAAACACCACCUUUACUGCGCAAGAACUCAAAGCAGGACUGGAACUAGGCAUCGACGGCCGCACUACGAGGUACCCGCAAGUUUGGGACGGCCGUGUUCAAGUUCUUUUCAACGUCACUGACGGAUCAGAAUCGGGCAGCGACUCGGUGGCAUUGCGUGUUGCUCCCGUAUUGACUCAUCAUCACCUUCAGCAUGCUCAGCAAGUCUUCACUAAUAACUAUCCGGGUAUAGGUGCUCCGCAAGAAAAAUUCGUCGAGGCACUGAAAGGCCCCGUUGCUCAGGCCGGCAUUAAGGAGCCUGUUUUUGAGUUCACCAAAGAUCCUGAUAUUUGGGUACAAGACUUUUUUGAGCCGGGCUAUUCCAGCAUCCCAGGGCCUGACGGGCCUGUGGUGUUGCGCAUAAAUAUCAGAUCUGGACAGGAGUACCGCUCCGCCGGCCGACAAGUCUUCACGGACUUGCGAUCCGACUCCGUUGGCGCGAUCCAGUACUUGUGGCGUGGCGGUUCUACUGAUUCCAUGGGUAAUCUGGAAACAAUCCCGCCGCACAGCUUCAACAACAAAACAUAUGCUGCCGGUCGUAUCAUAAUGGGCCAGCAAGACUCGGAAGAUCCAUGGAUCAUGGCGUUUCUUAGGGCACAAGAGGCACAAGAUCCCGUUAUUACUGACCAUGAUUGGCUUCUGGUCGGGCAUACAGACGAGUACAUGCAAUUUCUACCGGCCAACAAUUCACGAGGCUGGAUUGUUAUGCUUGCCGAUCCACUUGCCGGUAUCCAGCUCCUGAAAGAUGCGCAAGCGGCUGGACAUGGCGGUGUUACGGCUAUGUCACGAAUUCAAGAUGCCUCUGAUCCUAAGCCGAGUUUUCAGUAUUGUCUGCCCAACCUCACUGUCGAUCAGGUCUUGCAACUAGCCAGCCUGACAGAGCUCAACACAUACGCCAAUCAGUAUAUCCAGAAGAACAUUGAGAUUGUUAAAAAUGCUGUCGGACUCACCGAUGACGAGAUUCUUCACGUCCCUGGCAUCUACUAUAACGAGUCAUUUCCCUGCGCACCUGCUCCGAAACCUCUCUCGAUUAUCGAGGCCAUCAAUCCCAAUGGGCCGCUGGAGAAAAGACAGACUACGACACGUUAUACAGGCCCCCGUCUCACUGCGAUGUACCCAGGAGCCAUCAAUGGUGUCGUGCUGAGCGAUUCUCAGAUUCUGGCACCCGCUCAAUGGGGCCCAAUUAUUGACGGAAAAGACAUAUUUGCGACAGCAGUCCGCGAUGCUUAUUCAAAGAUAAACUUCAACGUCACGUUUAUCGAUGAUUGGUAUGAUCAUCACGAGCUGGACGGCGAAGUUCACUGUGGGACGAAUGUCUACCGCGAUGCGUCAGCUCCUUGGUGGUGA